AUGAGCGGCGAGGAUGAGGCGUAUCAAGCCGCACUCAAACAGGUUGCGGAAAUGUUCCAGCGACCGGAUCAGCUCGAGAAACUGCCAGAAUUGAAAAAGAAGGCUGAUCGGAAAAAGGCGGCCGUUGAAGCCAUGCUGCGAACCGCCGUCCACAGCCAGCUAGAAGGAGUUCGCACCGCCAUACAACAGCUGAAUCAAGCUCAUGACGAUAUUAUGCUAGUGGAAAACGAGCUUGCUGAGAUUUGCACGCGGUUGAAGCCCUUUCCUGCGCUCAAGGAACGCCUCAGUGAACUACGAGAUGCGAUAGCGCUUCACGGGCAAUACCAGGCUGCAAUGGAGAACCUCAACCACAUCUACAACAUCAAUGAAACUGUAGAAGAAGGCAGGAAGGCGAUUGCCAACAACAAGUUGUUACUUGGCCACAAGCAUAUCAUGGACCUUGAACUUGCGCGUGAUGAGCUGCUCUUCGAGCUCCACAAGAUGCAGGCAACAAAUAAUCAGGACCUGGAUAGGAGGUUGCUAACAAAAUACUUCGAAGAGGUGGACCAUUUGGUGAAAAACCUCGCGGAGGGGAUGUGGUUCAUCUUGGGACGCGCGCUUUCGAUGGUCAAAGGAAAUGAGCAUGGCAAUGGCCCGCAAGAACUUGUCAGCUGUUUGCGGAUUGUCGAACGAGAAGAGCGAAUCGACAAAUAUUAUUUGGAGAGGCACGGCGCAACGAACUUCAUGCCGCCCGGAAGGCCUCGAAAAUGGAGAAAGAAAACUUUUGAGAUAUUGGAAGGUUCCGUAAACGGGCGUAUCGAAGGGAUGCAAAUUGAGGAUCGCACAACUAACAAAAGCUGGCUGGCAAGAUAUUUGGAAGUACUGCGCGUAAACGUACGCGACGACCUCUUGACGGCGCGUACGGCGGCUAUCCCGUGCUUCCCACCGGAAUAUCAGAUCUUCGAUCGCUUCGUCAACAUGUACCACCGAGCCGUCUCGAGGCGAUUGCGGGAAAUUGCCAAUGACGAUUUGCUGAAGAAUGAAGUGGUGCAACUGUUGUCUUGGAUCGGUGAAUACCCGAGCGAAGCUAUGCUCGGAAAUCCACGCUUCAAGCUGAACGUGCCGGCAAUUCUAUCUGAUAUCCCCUUAGUACCGAAAACGACAUUGAAAGAGCUGCACGAUCAGUUCAUCGAAAUGCAGCGCUUGGAAGUUCGCGGUUAUCUGAAGAAAACUGUGGAUCAAGAAAAGGAUGAUUGGUAUAAGCAUAUUCGGCCUGAAGAAGAUUCGUCGAGUGGCAUUUACUAUACGCAAUUGCCCUCGAUCCUAUUCGGCAUCAUCCACGACGCGGUCGAUGUCACCAAACUGAUCUCCGUCGACUUGAUCCCCGCCAUCAUCCACGUUUGCAUCGAAGAGUCGCUCGAGUUUGCCGACCAUUAUCGAAACGCUACCAUGGCCUUCAAAGGAAAAUAUUUUGAAGAAAGGAGCCGUUUCAAGGAAUAUACUUCCACUAUGAUUGCCAUCGCUAACAACUUACAAACCUGCAUUGAGAAUACCGACAAGUACAUGAAGCACAUCCGGAUGUCAGACACGGAUGUGGAGACUGUCGGUUCACUGAGUGGUCGGGCGACGCGAAGAGAAACCCUCGAAAACAUCGACAAGCUGAAUGCCAAGUGGAAUGACGGCAUCUUCAAAAGCGUUAACGGAUUGAUGGAAGAGGUGAUGGCUGAUAUCUCGGAGCACAUGGCUGAGGUCUUCACGAAGAAAUGGCUUCAAUCGUCGACAUCGAUGGAAACGAUCUGCAUAACGAUCCAUGAUUAUUAUGGCGAUCACAGACAUCUUCGCCCAUAUAUUCUUCUAACGCUAAUGACCGAGCUGCAAUAUAAAGUAGUGGCAGAAUACAUCGUGGCCAUCGAGAACAGACGGCUGACGUUUGCUUCGUACGAGGAGAGGGCACUCGCUGGCAAACGUCUCCAAGCCGAUGCUGAACGAAUCAAGCGUGUUUUUGGCGAAAUGGACUUCUCAGGCGGCGCCAACUUUGCAGAUGUUACUGACGAUUCCCGGCUACCGAGUAUCUCCUACAUUCUCACCCAAAUCGCCUCCGUCGUGUCGCUCCGUGACAAAUCCUUAUUGUCACUCGAAGCGACGACUUUUGCACGAAAAUUCCCGGAUUGUGGGGCCGAGUUCCUUGCUGCCCUGCUUUCGAAUCGAGAGGAUGUUGGGCGGAGUGAGGCGAAAACCUUGGCGGAGGAGACGAUGUCGCAUGUGCAAUUCCAUCCCAGGGAUUCGGCGGUUCAGAGGUUGAUGGACGUGGCACGAGCUGGCGGCCAGGCUUGGUCAAUCCCGGUCUCAUUCUCCGCUCAAGAAUCGAAGCAACCGAAUGAGACCCCUGAAGAAUACGCCGCCCGUCUCCGCAGCGCUCGUCGCAACAUUGCCAGUGUUCAAGGCGCUACCGACUAUCAGUCGGAAUGCCCCUCAGCUGGAGCCACCGCCGGAGGAUGCCCGGUCCAGCACCAGGCCCUCGACCCGGCCAACAAUGAACUGGCCCACCCGAACCAGAAACCAGCUCCUGACCAGCCCUUCACUUUAUCCACUAGCCGUCAGAAAUCGUCCAUCCCGCGAGCUGGUACGGAAUCCACUUGGGUUUAUCCAUCCCCUCAAAUGUUUUGGAACGCCAUGCUAAAGAAGGGAUGGCGCUGGGAGGAUGACCACCUCUCGCAAAAAGACAUGGAGAACAUCAUCCGCAUUCACAACGCCAACAACGAGGAGGCCUGGAUGGAAGUGUUGAAAUGGGAAUUGAUGCUUCAUCCGGAAUGUGGUAACCCGCAGCUGAAGAGCUUCAAGGGUGACGCCCAGAAUUUGUCGCCGCGGGCGCGACUUCGUGGUUGGCUGGGUUAUCAACUUCCUUUUGAUCGUCACGAUUGGAUAGUCGACCGGUGUGGGCAGGCUGAGGUGCGCUACGUGAUUGACUACUAUGAUGGCGGGGCUGUGGAUCCGAAGAGCAAACUUUUCACCCACCUUGACGUUCGACCGGCGAUGAAUCGCCCUGGAAACAUCUGGGAUCGCAUGGUGGUCGCUUACUGGCGUCUGAAGUUCGAGGCUGCUGACUACUUUGGCUUCACUCCGUCCUUCCCGAUGCCGCCAAACAAAGGCCACGACGUCCACCAUAUCCCUCCCACCGCCCCGUCCUCA